GGUUAGGAAGGGGGGGGGAGCGGAUUCAGGAAGUGCUGCUAGCUAGCACAUGGACGCCGCUUGUCGCAGUCUUGGGACUAGAGUACACCAGCCGCAGCAGCAAGCAGAAUGGCAGUGUUUGUAGACCUGAAUAUUACGAACUGUACUGAAGUAAAGAAGUUACAGAGCAUUAUUGAAAUGGCAGCACACCUCGGCUAUUCGGCUGUCGCCAUAAAUCAUGUAGCGGACAUGGAGAGAAAGAAAAUGGAAAUUGAAAAACCCAUAUCUCCUGCAGAUCUAUUCUCAUCGCUGCCUACUGUACAGGGAAAAUCGACACCAAUCAAAAUUCUUACUAGACUAACAAUUAUAGCAUCCGACCCUUCUCAUUGCAACGUGCUGAGAUCCACCUCGCCUUUAACCAGGCAGUAUGAUAUUGUGGCUGUCUAUCCCAAAACCGAGAAGUUGUUCCAUGCUGCGUGCACAAACAUCGAUGUGGACGUGAUAUGCAUCAAUGUUACAGAAAAAUAUCCAUUCUUCUUCCGAAAGCCACCUGUAAAUGCUGCAAUCGAGCGAGGCAUCUUUUUUGAGUUGAUUUACACCCCAGCAAUUAAAGACUCCACUUUAAGGAGAUACACAAUAUCUAAUGCACUCAGCUUAAUGCAGAUCUGCAAGGGGAAGAACAUAAUUAUUUCAAGUGCUGCAGAAAGGCCACUUGAACUGAGAGGUCCCUAUGAUGUUGCCACAUUAGGCUUGCUGUUUGGAUUGUCGGAAGCAGCCGCCAAAGCCGCCCUGUCUGUAAACUGUCGCUCUGCCCUUCUUCAUGGUGAGACCAGGAAGACGGCUUUUGGCAUCACUCUUACUGUGAAGAAACCAAAAUCGGAGGAAGAUGAACCAACAACAGUAGAACCAGUUUUCAAAAAAGCUAAAAAAGAAUAAGAUCUGUAUAGACCUUUAAACGCAUUUGUAUGUUCCACAAAGUGUUCAGUAUGUUCCAAUAAAAGAGAAUUGAAAGUG